AUGACACGCCACGGUCCCUUCACGGGGUACCGUCUGCAGCCAAACGCUGAAGUUAUCGAUCUUACAGAGUAUGAUCGUGUCGGUGCAUCUGCAGGAGCUGCGCGUCAAACCGAUGUCGACACACAAGAAGAUCUUGCGGCAGACUUUCCGAUGCUCAGCAUCGAGGACGACGAAGACGGACAAGCUCCUGUUGGUUACACUCCGCCAAUAGACUUGGACGAGGAAGCAGAAGAUGAUGUCGAUGAGUUACGAGAGCUCACACCAAGAGAGGUUGCAGACCUCUUUUCGCGAGCGACCACGACGCCACUCGGAGCUCAGGCUGUGAUGACUCCUCUCGGCUGUGUUGAAAUCGACAUGUGUAUCGAGCUGUCUGACGGCGACUUCUUGUGUGUCAAGGGCUUCACCCGCAAUCACGUGAAGGGCAUCCUUCUGCGCCGCACGCGGUGGAUGCAAGGCUCGCUUCCUAAGAAGUGCAACGAAGUGUGCGCCAUCCUCAAGACACAAAGCGCUCUGGAUCCCGGCAUAGGUGACUGCCUAGUCGUCCGCAACCUGAACGAUAUCGUAGCUAUUCGCGACAUCAUCUUCACCAACCAGCCAUUCCCGAACCUGAGACUCAAUAUGCUGGAACAGGCCGAACAAUGGCCGGACAAUAGCUUCUUUAAGCUUGGGCCUCUCGUCUGCCGCUGGAAGAAGACCGUCGUUAGCGACGUAUCGAACAAGGUCGUCAUCGAAAGCAUCACCAAGCUCAAUCAAGAUGAGUGCACUACCGGAACCGGCAUUCCUCACUACGUACUUCGAUAUAACUGGAUCGGCUCUCACGUUAGCGAUCUCCUUCAGUAUGCCUACGGCGAUCUUUGUACCGGCGGCGGCGGCACUGCGAGAGGCGCAUCUGACAGUGGAUUCGUGCUCAAGUUCUUCCUCGACCACUGGAAGGACGCAUGUCGCACUCUUCGGAGGAACUGGCGUGAUGUUGAUAUCCUACACGCGGACACCUUCACCUUCUUGACCGAGAUGGACGACCAGAGCUUCCGUGUUGAUGUUCUUCACAUCUCCUUCCCCUGCCAGCCGCACAGUCCUGCGCACACGACCGAGGGUAAAAAUGAUGAAGCCAACAUUGCCACCGCCUACUCUGUCAUCGACAUCCUCAAGAAGUGCAGGCCUAGGAUUGUGACAUUCGAGCAGACCUCUGGCAUCGUCACGCACAAUGGAGGCUACCACUUCCGCGCCCUUCUACACCAACUCACGGCAAUGGACUACGGCGUCCGCUCCGGAAUUAUCCACUGCGAUGAAUACGGAAACUGCCAGCCUCGCAAGCGUUUGAUCAUCAUCGCCGCAUGCCCCGGCGAGACGCUUCCACCAUUCCCGGCACCUACCCACGGCAACUCUCUUCGUCUUCAGCCCCGUGUCACCAUUCGAGACCGUCUCCGACCGCUUCGCGACCGCGCAAUCGAGCCACACAUGCAGUACUCCCAUCCCAAGCCCGGCAUGCCCUACAGCGACAAGCAGCCUCUCAGGAAAUGCAUCACGACGGAUGGGGGCGAUUCCAACCUACACCCUAAAGGCGAUCGCACCUUCACGCUGCAGGAGCUUGCCGCGCUACAAGGCUUCCCGCCUGAGCACCGAUUCUAUCCAAAGGUGCAAGGCGCGACUAGUAUCAAGAAGCAGAUCGGCAACGCGGUACCGCCACCUGUUGCGAAAGCGAUCUUCUUACAGAUUAUCAAGACGAUGAGAGAGACAGACCGUGCGAUGGCGGCGGAGCGGGCGAGGGUGUUUGUCAUUGACUGA